UGUGUUCGUUUCAGAUCUUUAGCUCUUGAGAGCACUAACAAUGGCGUAUGCGAUGGAAAACCAGCUUCGUAGUGUCGAUGUCGAUCCAAACAUCUGGAAAGCCUGCGCUGGUACCUCUGUUGAAAUCCCAACCGUUGAUUCUAGGGUUUACUACUUCCCUCAAGGUCACGCCGAGCAAUCCUCGUCUCCACCAAAUUUCUCUUCUCUUGUAUUCAAGAAACCCUCUGUGCACUGCCGAAUCCUCUCCAUUCACUUCCUUGCGAAUCCAGACACCGAUGAGGUUUUUGCAAAGAUUCGUCUCCAACCUGUCGAUGAAUCUCAUUCUUUUGGAAUUCACUGUAUGUCCCCGGUGCAGUUACAGACACCGGCUCCAAUAGCUUCUAAAGGUGACGGUGAUAAGGGUGAAGAGAAGAUUAUGUCCUUUGCGAAGAUACUCACUCCUAGUGAUGCCAAUAAUGGUGGUGGGUUCUCAGUUCCGAGGUUUUGUGCUGAUUCAAUCUUCCCGCCCUUGAACUACAAAGUAGAGCCUCCAGUACACAUAAUUUCAGUGAAAGAUGUUCAUGGAAUGGUAUGGGACUUUCGGCAUAUUUACCGUGGGACUCCGCGGAGGCAUUUGCUGACUACUGGGUGGAGCAAGUUUGUGAAUCACAAGAAGCUUGUGGCUGGUGAUUCUGUGGUUUUCAUGAAAAAUAGGAACGGUGAGCUCUUUGUUGGGGUCAGAAGAACUGCUAGGACUAGUGAAAGUGUGGAUUGUUUGCGUUGGAACUGCCAAUAUGCGUCGGGUGCUUCUGCUGUGGUGAAAUUGGAAGAGGAGUUUGGAAACGGAGAGGGGUUCUCGAGGACAGAGAGGGGGAAGGUUCCGUCUGAAUCAGUGGUGGAAGCUGCUGAAUUAGCAAGGUCAGGUAUGCCUUUUGAGAUUGUUUAUUAUCCGAAAGCAGGUACACCGGAUUUCAUAGUGAAGGCAGAGACUGUGGAGGAGUCUAGGCGUAUAUUUUGGACAGCAGGAAUGAGGGUGAAGAUGGCUGUUGAGACAGAGGAUUCAUCUAAGAUGACACAGUUCCAGGGUACUGUUUCAUCGGUUGCAAUUCAACAACCUGGGCCAUGGCAUCACUCACCAUGGCGUAUGCUUCAGGUUAAAUGGGAUGAGCCUGAAGUUAUGCAAAAGCUAAAGAGAGUAAGCCCAUGGGAAGUUGAAUUAGUUGCAACCACAUCACCACUUCAGUCGCCAUACCCUCCCAUUAAGAAACUUAAAGUUCUUCAAAAUCCUGAUUUUCUUACCGAUGGAGAGGCGGGAGGCUUGUACUUUCCUAUGGCCGGAUUAACUAAUCCUGUGAGGGGGAACUUGAGUCAAUCAUUGUUUAGUUAUAACUCUCUUCCUGUUGGCAUGCAGGGAGCCAGGCAAGAUUCAUAUUGUGUAUCAAGUUUAUCAAAUUUCGUAUGUAACAAUCGCUAUCAGAUGUAUUCUGAUAAUUUGUAUGGGAAUGUGGCAACCAAGUCUAGUUGUGUAUCCACUGAAUUGAACAUUGGCAGUACGUCACAGUCUGACAACUCAUCACCAAAUAGUCAAAGUAGUGUGCAUUUCUUUGGCACGGAACUCUUCGGCAAUCGUAGUUGUAGCACAACAGCAAAAUCUUGUAGCACAACUGCAAAAUCUGGUAUGUGUUCAUUUAAGUUGUUUGGUAAAGUAAUCCAAACAAACCAGCCGGUUGAGAGUGGGUCCGUUGACAUUGGGUGUUCGGAAGAUGAUAGUAGUAAAGGAUACAAAAAGAUUGAGGGUACCAAUAAUCCACUGCAUCCUUCUUCAUCGUGCUCUUACAACAAGCUUUAUGAUGGCCUUGAUGUUCCAUGUCAACGAGGCUCAGCUGUGAAGGGAUAAUGAUUGCAUUGUGUCAUGCAGAUGAAAAGCUGUACAGGUAUUUCUAGACAAGGCAGGAAGCUAACUAUGUAGCUGACUCUUGGAGCAAUAAAUUGACCAAGUUGGGUUGUUUCUAGAUGCUAUGUUUGAACCUUCUAGUUUUUAGUCUCACUUUGUGUUAAUGUGGAACCAAUAUAGUCUUGUUUUGAUUUUUUUAAUCAUUUGGUGGACAGUAAAAACAAUUUGAGAGUUUUGGAUUU